UGUCAAUAAAUAUAAGAAUAUGUUCGUUUAUUUUCAUUUGACUUUGUUAAUUUAACCUAUAUUGCAGACUAUAAUUUGUAUCGCGUUGAUUUAGUGACUGGACGCCUGAUCCCAAUCAGUUUUACAGAGGUACUAGCGAAUAUUCACUGCUGAUCAGUGUGGCUUGGCCCCACAUGAAAAGAAGAAUCACGCGGAUAUACUAUAACCUACUUAGAUAAGGCGACAACAGUUUAAUACAGGCUGGUCGAUGUGAACAAGAGCUACACCAAUAACUGGUUAUUGGAAGCAUAUAACGAGUAAAAUAUAUUGGACAUAAAAACAGACUUGAGACGUAUGUAGCCUACUAUAUUACAAUCUGGCGUAACAUUUGCAUUUAAAUAGCUUCUGCACUGUCAAGGUUAAUCGCACGCGGUUGUGAAUUGGAGCUUCGUGCCCUAUAUAUUCGUGACAUUUAGAUACUGCUGUUUAAACUGAAAGCUGAUCUUAAUUCAUGCCAUUUAUCAAGUGAUAUUAACGCUAUUCAAAGUGAAGAACCCUGCCUCGUGUCUUAGAAAUAAAUAAACAAUGUCCGAAGCAUUGUUUCCGGGACGAAACCAAGCACCUGGGCUGAAAUCUCCAAAUAAACUAUGGUGGGCUAAAGAGAUCACUCCAGAUAUUCAUAUUGCUGGCAGAUUAACGUCUCGACAAAUUAAAUACGCAGAGGAUGGGGGAUUUCGGAGUGUCGUUUCGCUGUUUUCGUACAAUUCCCAGGGUAAAUUUGGUAACGAUAUUUUACCAACCACUGCAGAAAUUUUUGAAAUGAUCAAGACAACUAGUAAUCUCCAAUUUAAAGCAAUUUUUGAUACAGAGCAACAUGAAAAUUGGUCUCCCAAAGAGGCUGUAGAUAAAUUAGAACAAAUGUUACCAACAUUAAACAAACCGGUACUCCUGUUUUCCCAGAAAAGUUGCUCGGCUGCGUUUGUUGUUCUGCUAUAUUUAGCCAAAAAAACAAAGGAGGAUCCUGAUUUCGAAGCCAGGAUUAACAGUGCGAGAUUAUUUAGGAUAACAGCCACAAUGGGCAUGGAUUUUACGUCCGAUUAUUACAAACAAAUUGUUAGCGAAGUAACUGGAGAACCCAAACUUGAAAAGCCACCGGUUCCUAAUAUUGAGCCAAAAUCAUGGAUCGAGUAUUGGUUAGCUCAUCCGGUCUACAAAAAUUGGUUUACAGCAGGUCAAAUAACCAAACCUGUUUUUCCAUCCGUGGAAUCUGCUGGUUUUCCUGCUGUAGUUAAUGUGAGAUCGGGAAAAACGUAUAACGGAAAUCCGAAUCAAGAGGAGGUGACUCUGGUCAACAUUCGGGAAAAUACAGGCACAUACGGCAAGGAAGUAAAGAAACUCAGACAAUCCAAAGACAGGCUUGAAGAUACACGAAUAGAUCCACUAAAACCAAAACGUUAUGUUUCUGAAAAUUCUGACAGAAACUAUGAAAGUCGAAAUGAAAAUGAUUUUGGAGAUGAUAUCGGUUAUAAUGAAGAAAAAGAAAGAGACUAUUUCAUGGAAUAUGGAAAAUUGCAAUAUUUGCAUUUACCUAUAGUUUCAGCUGCACCGUUCACUAAAGAAGUCUAUGAAACUUACCGCGAUAGGUUAUUGGAACUGGGAAGUAAGGGACCGGUGUUGGUUCAUUGCGCCAAGGCUAGAAGAGCUGGAUUCUUGACCAUCCUUGCUGCUGCCCAGCAGCAUAACAAAGAUUUAGCCUGGGCGUUACGUAGGAGUCGUGAGUUGGGAUAUGGUGUAUCAGAGGAGACAAACCCAGUUGUUUAUGAAACGUUUGUUGGGGUUCUUGGUACAGAUUGCUCCGACGGUGACAGGGAUUAGGUUCAAGGAAUAUUCAAAUAACUAUUUCAGUUGCAGUUUCGAAGUUGACAAGAACUCAUAGCCGUGGAUUUAAAACAUGACUGUUUAUAACUUUAAUGUUUCGACGAAGUUCCCUAGCCAUCCUCUGAAAAUAGAAGAUUUACGAAACGUAAAUUAGAAAAUUGACGAUACUAUAUUUUAAUCACUUACAUUUAUCAAUAAAUGAUAAGUUUAGUAUCUAUACAAUUACAACAAUAGUAUGGCCUCGUGAACAUCUUCAAACGAGACGUAGUGUCAGAUUUCUAGACAGAGCAUAAAUUUACU